GAGUGGUGGUGAGACCGGGGGAUUUAUCGGAUCAAGUGUUUCACACUGGUGGUUUUAUAGUAUUAUGUCUGAAGCUGUGUUCUUACCGGUUAACACGCUGUAUCACCUUUGGCCAGUAACAUAUUUCUGCGCCAUGUUAUGUUGAAUAAAGCAGCAAUGCUUAUAAAUAUCUGCUUUAUUGGGUUCACCUAGCUGAACCUAAUCGAGUCUAAUACAAAAAUCCUGCAGUAACUCCUAAUUUCAUGAAGGUUGGAAUGUUCAGUUUUGUAGCAGUGUUGAUUCAACAUGUAUGAUCAUUUUGAAUUUAUAUUCAAUAUUAUAAUGCAGUAAUCCGGUUGUAACUAAUGACCUUGCACGUGAGUGUAAAAGAACAUUCGCAGGUUAAGGGCUUGUUUACUGUUAGUCAAAGGUAAGGGUACCAGCGAUGUGGAUCCCGGCGCAUAGACCGCAUUAUAUAAUAGAUACUUGAAUAUAUAAUUUAAAUCAACAUGUGCCUUAUGUAGGCUAACGGACACGCAUUAAAAUUAAAUAAUAUUGGAGUUGAAACAAAUAUAAAAUCGGCACUGUUAUGUGAAAUUAGAUAAGGGGCGUGGCCUCGCAUGCACAAUCAAGGCUUUGACUCGGCACAGGUGAGCCACUCACGCGCCCUGCUGACAAGAGGACACACAGGCGGAUCCAGUCACUUCUGUCCAAGACACCAAAGACAUUUUAUCGCUUGGGUUUUUUUUUGUGCUUGGAUUUUAGCUUCAUAAUCAGCUAAAACAAUAAGUUAUCUCGGGUCAAUUGGUGAGCAACUCUGCUGUCGGUCCUGUUUUAACAAAAAUGACCUGGCCGGAUGAAUUUGGGAGAUUAAACGCAGUUCUGGCCAUUUUACUCCGCUUCACCUUUCAAGGUGCAUACUGUCAACUGGUGGUUUCCCCUGCUGGUCCUACGCUGGUGAACGCUUUAGCUGGCCGCAAUGUGACUCUGGCUGUGUCCUUCAGCGGUGCCACUGACCCGGCGGUUACCUGGUCCAUGGCAGGUUUACCUGUAGUCACGUGGGCCAUUAACUCCCGCGCUGCCCCUGACAUAGCCGACAACAGAGAGAAGGUGCUGCGGAUCGAGACGAAUGGAUCCCUUAGCUUUGUAAACGUGCCGCUUGAAUAUACCAGUAACUACACCAUUGAAAUGACCAAGUCUGGACUGAGAACAUCCUCCACCACUUUCACUCUGAAAGUAUUUGAUAUGAUCCAGGAUGUGAUCCUGAAGGCACAGUCUGGUUCUGCCCAGGAGGGAAGUGACCGGUUCACCCUGCAGUACAGCGUGCCGCAAGGAGUGGUCGAGCGUCAGACGUGGUUCUUCAGUGGCAUGGAGAUAAAAGCCAACUCGCGCUACCUGGUGGAGGAAGGGAGCCUUGUGAUCCUCAGUCUAAACCGAAGCGACACAGGACAGUACACGGUGUUACUGACGAACCCCUUCAGCAGUCUGACAACUGACACAAACGUCACCGUGCUGUACGGACCAGACGAGCCCAUACUUGAGGCACGUCCAGCUCGACCUUUCUAUGUAAAAGGGGACUCUCUGACCAUCUCCUGGCAGGCUGAUGGGUUCCCACCGCCGACUGCCGAGUGGGUCUUUGGCAGUCAGACCCUUUCUGAUUUACCCGAAGGAGUCUUAAAUCUAACAAAUGUACAGACCAGUCAAGGAGGUGUUUAUACCUGCACGCUGCUCAAUGGGGAGACGAGAGAAAAGAGUCAAAAGAGCAUCAUUGUAAACGUUUAUGAGAGGCCGUCGGGCGACCCGACGUGCUCUGUGCAGUCGGUGAAUAACGUCGACCUGCAGUACCUCUGUCGGUGGUCUUGGGGAUCUCCACAGGCCCAGCUUUCUUUCCCAGCACUGAGCAACACCAGCAGUGGAGCAGGGAACCUCAGCCUGACCAUCACCGCCUCGCAUAACCUCGACGGGAAAACUGUCACGUGCAUGGCGGACCAUCCUGUCGAACUCAAUAACUGCAGUAUUACUGCAGGUAGUCCAAGGAUGUUUCUGCCAGCUGUGAGAACCACAGUUGACUCCGAUGGCAAAAUAGUGGUGACCAUCCACUGCGUCAGUGAGGCCUCGCCUCAGGCCGUGGUGUCAUGGUACAACGGCAGCGAGGCUGUCGCCAGCACGACACCGUACCAGAUCAGCAGGGACACCACACAGCUCGAGAUACGGGACUACAAUGUCAGCAACUUUCUCCUGCAGAACUACACUUGUAUCUGUCGCAACUCACUUGGCAGCCAGAGAAGGAAAAUUCAGUUGAGAGGACCGUCGAUCUCAGAUUCCAGCUUGUUCGCCAAUCACAAUGGAACCAUCAUCACAUUGACCUGGGAGGUCCCGCCCACCUCCAUCGUUACAGGGUUUGACAUCCAAAUGAGAGGACCGCACAGCCUGAGCAGGAAUUGUAAUGGUACCCAAACCAGAGGCAGCUCAAACAGAUUUCACACCAUCCAGCAGAAACCUGGCGCCGCCAGGAGUGCCGACAUCUUUAACCUCGAUCCCAAGUUGAGGUACAGUUUUCGGGUCAUCCCCAAAGCUCGCAUGACUGAAGGACAGCCGUCUGAGGUCCAGAAAAUCGGUCCAGGUGAAGGGCUGAGUGGAUCUGCCAUCGCCGGCCUUGCAGCUGGAAUCCCCUGCGGCCUUCUCUUCCUAGUCCUACUGGGUGGCUUCAUCUACUUCUGUGUCUACUUUAACAAGAACAAAAGUCGGCAGGCAAGAUAUCCAAAAUCCAGAGCAGUUGAGAAGGCAAUAACAACCCCAACGGAAACUACUCCUCAUAACCUGCUGACAGGAGGGCUGAAGUCUCCACCUGAUUACAACGGAUUACUGCAGACUCCCUCUGAAAGAUCAGUGGCUCUUCCAGCUUUUGUCCCUCCACCGCCUGUCAGAACUGCUACAACUGUCUGAACUCCAAACAUUUGCUGUGAUGUAUAUAUUAACUUUGUAUAGCAUGCUAUAUUUUUAUGCGUUUUAUUUCAAUAUGCGAGUCUUCUGUAUUUGUAUUAUUAUUUUAACCGAAAUGAGGAUUGUCAUAAAUGUUUCAGUAGAGAUGGAUAUUUGUAUCACUUUCCUUUAUAAUCUGCACCUUAAAUUUCUAUCAUUUUGUAACUUUAUUUAUUCAUAAUAAAUACAAAUACAAGCCAUGCCU